AUGAGUAAAGCUAUAUCCGAGUACAGCCACGACCAUGUUAUCCUUCUGUUGAGCACACAUGAUUUUGAGAAUCUUCCGCCGUGGCUGAGCGAUAAUUUCAACGUCAUAGAAGGAGGAACUCACGCAGGGGGCUCUUCCCGAAAUAAGCUGAUCAUCUUCGCCGAUGGCACGUACAUCGAACUGUUGAAUUGGAUAACGGAACCGAAAGAAUUCUUCGAUUGGGCGCCAAAGUCUCCAGGACUCAUCGACUUUGCCCUCACUACCCCGCAAAGCGCACAGGAGACGCAUGCCGCGGUCACAGAACGACUCGAGUCGGCGGGCGGAGAUGGCGGCCUCGGUAUACGCUUCAAGCAGCCACUCUCCGGCGGACGCAAAAGGAAAGAUGGGAAACAGUGCGAAUGGUUCGUCACGAAGCCGUUGGUUGAUAAUGAAGCACCAAAAGUUCCAAAGCCGAUCGAUCGAUACUUUCCUGCCGGCCGGCUUGACACGCCUUUCUUCUGCCACGACGUCACGGAUAGAAACCUCCGGGUCCCAUACACCGAUCCUUCGAUCUCCACUCACCCUUGCGGCGCCAAGGGCAUCAUGUCUGUCGACGUCGUGGUACCCGAGUCUAGCAUCGAGAAUUAUACGAAGUUGUACAGCUCCGUGAGUGGCGCCGAAGCGAAGGUCCACGGCGGGUUUCGGUACCUCCCCAACACCAAUGUGAGUUUUCUCUUGAGUUCGCCAAAUGCGGCAGCCAUGGAAGGUGUCAAGGACAGGAUCGGCAUUGAGAUCCACGCCCCGAGAGAUAGCGAGGACGAUGCAUGGUUGAAGGAACGUGGUGUCGGGAUAAGAGAGGUCAAGUUGUAUGUACCGGCAGCAGGCCAGGAUGAAUUUGACGAGCGGCCUCUGGACAGUGAGGGUAUUGGUGCGAGUCUCGUCCUCAUCGUGCAGCCACGAGAGUCAUGA